UUAUUCGAAUCGUUAGCCUGCAUACUCUUCCCAACACUACCAACACGUCCUCGCCGGCCGUUGCCCGCUGGGUAGUGGGUUGUCCGCCGGUUCUGGCAAAAAGAGGGCAACCAUGUAAAGACAAGAGGAUAAAAGGAUCACCUCGCUGGCUGCCGCUCUAGCUAGCAGCAGCAGGCACCGCCUAGUCCCUAGUCGCCUACCCUACCCUCCCCUCCUCUAGCUUCAGGCUUCAGGAAUCAGGGUCGAUCCCGUUCCUGUUCCUGCUAGGCUGCUACUGUGCCCGUCUUUCUCUCCCAUCGCUUUCUUUAUCCCGCCCCUUCCGAAGCCCAGAGACCCCUCUCGUCGUCGCCGAAACAUCUCUCGCAGCUGCCAUCGCCUCUUGCCGCCGCCCGUGUUCUUGAUACACCAUCUCUCUCUCGCUUUCGCAGCCACAUCUUUCAAGCUUGUACCACUCGAUUGCUAGGCGCUGUCUCUCUUUCUCGCGACCAAGCUCCUCAUGUCGCUUGGCAAAAGAGACAUGAGUCAGGAGCGCCUGUACCAAGAUCGCAAGGACGUGCCGCCCGUCCACUUCACCACGCCGCCGCCGCCAUCCCACCACCACCAGCAGCAGCUGGAGUGCUUCUCCGAUGAGGUGGAUAGCCGCGGGAGCGCCGAGCAGAAGGAGCCCGCCAGUGGUGGGGCAGGGGCCCUGGUGGUGUCGGGCGGCGGCGGCGACGAGGCGAGCAUGGAGCUGUCCAAGAAGCGGAGGGGCCGGCCCCCGGGGUCCAAGAACAAGCCGAAGCCGCCCGUUGUGAUCACGCGUGAGGCGGAGCCGGCCGCCGCGAUGCGCCCGCACGUGAUCGAGAUCCCCUGCGGCUGCGACGUGGCCGACGCGCUCGCGCGCUUCGCGGCGCGGCGGAACCUCGGGAUCUGCGUGCUCGCGGGCACGGGCGCCGUCGCCAACGUGUCGCUCCGCCACCCGAUGUCCGGCGGCGUCGCGGUCGGUGGCGGUGGCGGUGGCGCCCCGACGACCGCCAUCGUGUUCCACGGGCAGUACGAGAUCCUCUCCAUCUCCGCCACGUUCCUUCCCCCCGCCAUGUCCGCCGUGGCGCCGCAGGCCGCCGCCGCCGCCGCGUGCCUCUCCAUCUCGCUGGCGGGGCCGCACGGGCAGGUCGUCGGCGGCGCCGUCGUGGGCCCGCUGUACGCCGCGUCCGCCGUCGUCCUCGUCGCGGCCGCCUUCACCAACCCCACCUUCCACCGCCUCCCGCUCCCACCGGACGACGACGCGGCCGUGUCCGUCUCCGUCUCGCUCUCCGCCGGCAGCGGCGGCGACCAUGCAGCGGACGAGCACCACCGAGGCGUCGCCCACCAGCACCAGCACCCCGGGGAGCAGCCGCCGCCGCAAGAGCAUCAUCGUCCUCUCGCCGUACGACGCCAGGCCCCGCCGCACCUUGCCUCGGCAUCAGCAGCGCAGCCUGUGGAGCCGUGCGGCGGCCCACCGGCCGUGCCCAUCUACACCGCUUGCCACCCGCAGCCGCAAGACGUGAUUUGGCCGCCGCCACCGCCACCGCCGCCGUACUGACCGCGCCCGCGCCCAGUGAUCAAUCAUCGGCGGGACGCGUCUACCACUGCAUUGGAUCGCUACAUGUAAGCAGGUUAGUGAGGUGACGGCGCUCGCACCCCGCCGCGCUCCAUCUACAUUGACCUUAGCUGCUACUAGGGUUUAACUCUCUCUUUGCUCGUUGAUCUGCAUUGCAAGAAGCUCGAACACUGCUGCUAUUGUCUCUUUCUAACUACUUGUAGUAACAAGCAGUGCGUGCGUUUUUGUGAUCUUUUUCGGUGAUUGAUUGAAAUCUAACCGGAUCUGGGACGGUGAAAACCUUCGAGUUUAAAUUGAACGUGCGACUAUUUGAUGGUUCUUUCGUUUCAUUCA